ACAAAUGAGAACUGGUCUCAUAUGAGAAAACUGAAGUCGGAGUCUGAAGCAGUCUGAAGUUUGAAGAAAACUUACUUCAAAACAUGGUGGCAGCUCAGUAAGAGGGGUGUUCAUUUUACUAGUCAUUAGAAUUUUAAGAAGCUUAUUCAGCAGGAGUGUUUGAUACAAUUUGUAAACACCAAAGCAAUAAGCUUCAAACAAAAUUUAAGGAUGACGUCUGAAGAAACGCAAAUUCCGGAGGAACUGAAGGGUUGUUAUGAAAAUCUUAUUGUGAUCGACAUCGGCGCAAAUCUGACAAAUAAAAAGUAUGGACGUGAUCUCGAUUCAGUAAUUCAAAGGGCGAAAGAUGCAGGCGUCCAGAAAAUAAUGGUGACGGGCACAUCGGUGAGAAAUAGCAAGGAGGCACUCCGAUUGACUCGAUUGUACCCCGGGACCAUUUAUUCCACAGCAGGCGUGCACCCGCACGACGCCAAGUCCAUGUCGGAGGAGGAGCUGUGGGCGGAGCUGCGGCAGGUGGCGGCGGCGCCCGAGUGCGUGGCGCUCGGCGAGUGCGGCCUCAACUACACCAAGGACUUCUCCGAGCCCCACGUGCAGCGCGCCGUCUUCAAGCGGCAGGUGGAGCUGGCGUGCGAGCUGCAGAAGCCGCUGCUGGUGCACGAGAAGGCUGCGCAGGAGGACGUGCUGCGCAUCCUGGAGGAGGGCGGGGCGCGCCUGCCGCCCGUCGUGGUGCACUCGUUCACCGGGUCGGCGGAGCAGGGCCUGCGCUACCUGGAGCGCGGCUGCUACCUCGCGCUCACCGGCUACGUGUGCAAGGACAAGGCGGCCGACGGCGUGCGGCGUCUGCUGGCCGACCGCCUGCUGCCGCUCGACCGUCUGCUCGUCGAGACCGACUCGCCCUUCAUGUACCCCAACGUGCGCGCCUCCAAGCUGCCGCCGCACGUGAAGGCCUGCCUCACCGAGAGGUCCAUGAACUUCGUGAACCGGUACUGCACGUUCCAGCGCAACGAGCCGUGCGCGCUGCCCGCAGUCGUCGAGCUGGCGGCCGGCUUCCUGGGCCGCAGCGCGCAGGACGUCGCCCUCGCCACCGCCUUCAACGCCCUCAAGCUCUUCGGCCUCAGCCACUGACCGCCCCCCACCCCCCACCACCUCUCACAUCGCAGUCACUUUUAUAUGUUAGAAGGAAACUUUACGUUACCGAGUGCAGAGAUUUAUGAAUUGCGUUAGGUAAAUGAUAGGUAGAUGUGACGCGAGCUCCGCCCGGGGAGAGAGGGGGAGAGAGGGGGAGAGAGGGGACGCGAGCUGCCACUAGAUAAUCUUGCCAACUUCUGCGUCUCGACACCAGCUUGCCGAUGGUUUACUGAUCAUGACAAAAUAACAUUGAUAUUAUUCCAAACGAAGCGAACCACUUGAAUAUUUUUAUGUUUUGAUUUUGCAAAAUCA